AAAGACACACGAAGAAGAGGCGUAGUUUAGACACACAACAAGCAGCCCAGGGCACUUACACAACCCACUGUGUAUUUCCGUGUUACUUCCUUGUUCUGUCUUAUCUUUGGUAUUUUUCUGGAGAGAAAUGUGUAGACAGCGGUAAUUUUGGGGGGAUUCGGCUACUUAUCAAUGCGAGCGACAGAUACGCAUAAUAAUUGUUUUCUUUAGAUCCCCGCCUUGCGGUUACUGAUUCGUCAAGACCCGCUGAGGUGAUCAGGAGCUGUAGGACUUCUUCACCCCAGUACUUCUCGUCGAUGGCAGACUCCCGAGAAAGACGGAAAACCGGCGAAGAUGAGCCUCAGGGUGCAGUCGGGGGUGAAGAUGUCAUCGACGACAGAAUUAUGGAACAAGGAGCUGUUGUUUUAAGAGGGUAUGUCAUAGAGAGGGUCAGUGCAGAAAACCCAGAGAGACGUUUGAUUCCAGAGGACCUUGGUGGCAGACCCAACGAACUAGAGGACCACCAAGUCAAAGACGUGGUACACCAGCUGCUGCUGAUCGCUGAUGACCUGAACAGAAAUGCUGAGCUACAACACCUAAUAAGCACAGUCCAGGUAAACUGUGUCCAGGAUGUGUUCUUCUCAGUGGCCAGGGAAAUCUUUGCAGAUGGUAUCAACUGGGGCAGAGUGGUCUCCCUGUUUCACUUGGCCUACAAGCUUAUUUACAAGGCACUGACACAGAACCACUUAGAAAUCAUCAAGAAGAUUAUUAGCUGGGUAUUACAGUUCAUCAGGGAAAAUGUCUCCGCUUGGAUCCGACAGCAGGGAGGAUGGGAGGCGGUUGUUAGCACCGUGUCACAUUGGCGUACUGUGUCGCUUGUGGCUGCAGUGGCUUUCGUGAUGGCCGUGGUUUACUGGAGGAAAACACGCUGACAUCAUCUCAGGAAGUGCCCUUGGUGAAAUCAAAGUGCCCUUAAAAUGUGGACAGUUCUCUAGGAAGACAGGUUAAUGUGUUAUGUCCUGUGCAGUUGAUUUGACUUUGGGGCAAAGGUGACCUAGUAAUCUUUAUUUUUAUAUGUGUAUAUAUAUAUAUGAUGAAUUGAUCUGAAAAGGGACAGUCAGGGGCUUUUUGGUACAGUACUCCAAACUGAGCAAGUAUUUAUUAGUACCAAUGUGAAAUGGAAUUUUUCUAUUGCUCAAAAAAUAACCUUGUAAGGUGUUUUAUUGAACAAUGUUUUAUUGGACAUUAGAUGUUUUAUUGAAUCCCAAAUCUUCUAUUGAUUUGGAAUUAAAAGUAAACCACUACUAUUUUUUCACAGCUCUAAAUCGGUAUUAUAUACAGUGGGGCAAAAAAGUAUUUAGUCAGCCACCAAUUGUGCAAGUUCUCCCACUUAAAAAGAUGAGAGAGGCCUGUAAUUUUCAUCAUAGGUACACUUCAACUAUGACAGACAAAAUGAGGGUGAAAAAUCCAGAAAAUCACAUUGUAGGAUUUUUAAUGAAUUUAUUUGCAAAUUAUGGUGGAAAACAAGUAUUAUACAAUUUUGUUUCUGGUGUCCUUUGACAGCUCUUUGGUCUUGGCCAUAGUGGAGUUUGGAGUGUGACUGUUUGAGGUUGUGGGCAGGUGUCUUUUAUAAGGAUAACAAGUUCAAACAGGUGCCAUUAAUACAGGUAACGAGUGGAGGACAGAGGAACCUCACAGGUCUGUGAGAGCCAGAAAUCUUGCUUGUUUGUAGGUGACCAAAUACUUGUUUUCCACCAUAAUUUGCAAAUAAAUUCAUAAAAAAUCCUACAAUGUGAUUUUCUGGAUUUUUCACCCUCAUUUUGUCUGUCAUAGUUGAAGUGUACAUAUGAUGAAAAUUACAGGCCUCUCUCAUCUUUUUAAGUGGGAGAACUUGCACAAUUGGUGGCUGACUAAAUACUUUUUUGCCCCACUGUAUAUGUAUCUGAAUGGACCAAAUGUAUUUUAAAUCGUGGCAAUCAUGCACACAUGUUUAAUAAAAAUACCUUUGCCAAAGCAAA